AGGGAUCCACAUCCCGGCUCCCAGGCCCCCCGCAGCGGCCGCGGCGCCCCCCGGCGCCCCCAGACCCCGGCCUCCAGCACCAAGGCGGGAGACCGGGAGCAUCAGCAGAGGCAGGAGGACGAGGAGGAGGAGCCGUCGCAGGAUGAAGGAUCGGACUCAGGAGCUGCGGAGUGCGAAAGACAGUGAUGAUGAAGAGGAGGUGGUCCACGUGGAUCGGGACCACUUUAUGGAUGAGUUCUUUGAACAGGUGGAAGAGAUCCGGGGCUGCAUUGAGAAACUGUCGGAGGAUGUGGAGCAGGUGAAAAAACAGCACAGCGCCAUCCUGGCUGCCCCCAACCCAGAUGAGAAGACCAAACAGGAGCUGGAGGACCUCACUGCAGACAUCAAGAAGACGGCCAACAAGGUUCGGUCCAAAUUGAAAGCGAUCGAGCAAAGCAUUGAACAAGAGGAGGGGCUGAACCGUUCCUCCGCGGACCUGCGCAUCCGCAAGACCCAGCACUCCACACUGUCCCGGAAGUUCGUGGAGGUAAUGACUGAAUAUAACGCGACCCAGUCCAAGUACCGGGACCGCUGCAAGGACCGAAUUCAGCGGCAACUGGAGAUCACUGGAAGGACCACGACCAAUGAAGAACUGGAAGACAUGCUGGAGAGCGGAAAGCUGGCCAUCUUCACAGACGACAUCAAAAUGGACUCACAGAUGACAAAGCAGGCGUUGAACGAGAUCGAGACGAGGCACAAUGAGAUCAUCAAGCUGGAGACCAGCAUCCGAGAGCUGCACGACAUGUUUGUGGACAUGGCCAUGCUCGUGGAGAGCCAGGGAGAGAUGAUUGACCGCAUCGAGUACAACGUGGAACAUUCCGUGGACUACGUGGAGCGAGCCGUGUCUGACACCAAGAAAGCAGUGAAAUAUCAGAGCAAGGCCCGGAGGAAGAAAAUCAUGAUCAUCAUUUGCUGUGUGGUGCUGGGGGUGGUCUUGGCGUCAUCCAUUGGGGGGACGCUGGGCUUGUAGGCCCCCCCACUUUCUCUCUCCCAGACCCCUCCCCCACCACAUUGGGAGCAAUACCCCCCACCACUCCUUUCACUCCAUCCCCUGCUCCAGGCUCACCCCCAAAACAGACCCAGGCAGCCCCAUCCCUCCUCCACCUUCAUGGCAGACCCUGGUGUCCCUGGACCUCACCCAGCCACGGACACCCCGCCCCCGCACGUAGAUUGCAGCAGGCGUGAUUACACAUGCACACCAACAUGCAUGCCGCCGGCACAUGCUCGAGAUGUGUGGACACCCCAGCGUGCGUGUAUGUGUGAUGUGUGUGAUGCACCAGAGCACCCCCCGCCCCCACCUUGGGUAUGUGUGUGGUCUGAGCUUCCCCCUUCACCGGGGCUGUUGUGUAGACUGCAGCCAGGUGUAACACAGCAGCCCACCACGUCCCCUCUGUCCUCCAUGAACGGUGUGUGCGCGCGCAUGAGACCACAGAUCUGUGGACACACCAUUUGUGUGUGUGGAAUUUUGUUUGAGUAUUUGAACCUAAUGCAACAGCAACAAAGCCACUGA